AUGAUCUUUCAAAUAUACUUUUUUGCUAUAUAUUUACGUGAAAAUACUGGUGUUAUUGUCAAUAUUUAUGGAAAAAAUUCUGAUUUAAUUGUUGAUCGUCAAGCUGAAAUUCAAUAUAUGAUUCAUUUAGCUCAAUUUCAUAUUUCUCCUUCAAUUGUGUUAACAUUUAAUAAUGGAUUUAUCUAUGAAUAUUUACCUGGAAGUCCUGUUUCAAAUGGUGAUGAAGAAAAAGCUUCACAUUUAAAUCAUAUACCUUGGUUAAAAAUAACUGGAGAUAUUAAUAAAAUUGAAAAAAUAAUUGAUGACAAAAGUUCUCAAUGGUCAAAUCUAUCAAAUGUUCUAUUUGAUAUAAUUAAUCAUUUUAUUGAAUAUGCUGGUUCCAAUAAUGAAGAACCAGAUUAUGAUAAUACAUAUCCACAAUGUGACAAACAAAAACAAUGGUUAGAAAUAUAUUUAUCAAAUGCUUUAUUUUUAAAUGAUAAAUUUGAAAAACAGAUGACUAUUGAUGAAUUAUGUGAUUUAGGUGAUUGUUUACGUGCACCUAUACAUCUUUAUUGGUCAUUAUUGGCAUUUUUAGAAGCUUUACUAAGUCCUGAAUCAAUGAAAAAAUUCGAUUAUAUUAGAUAUGGAAGAUGUCGUUUGAAACAAUAUGAAAAAUAUAAACAGAAUUUUUUUUCUAGUGUUAAAAAAAUAAAUGUUGAUUAG